AUGCGCGCGGGUUAUGAUUCCUUAACAAGAAGUGCUGGGUGCUGGGACGGAGGUGGGUCUCGACCGCUUCUCAUUGAGAACUACUAUGCGCGCCGAUUCCAGUGCGCUGUAUUGGAAUUAGCAGAAGGCCAGGAGCGUAGGAAGAAAGUGAUGGCCCCCAACGGAUCCGGGAGAACUUUGGCUACGUCGACUAUUUCAAUCCGGGAAAGCAUGACCGGACACGCUAUCUGCGAGGCAAAGAGGUUUAACGAGUUGAAUGAAUCUGAACCCGGAACUGCGUUCCAGACCGUCAUUGGAGCGGCCGUCCCUUCCUAUCUCUGCCAGAAUUGGGGAACUUCACGAGCACAAAUCGGGCCAUCCAUCUGUGUAAAAACGGAUCAAACUAGCCAGGAUGAUAUCAACGAUAUCAAUUCGCACUAUACCGACGACCACUCAAGAUCAGCUAUAUGCAUUUGA